UAAUUAAACCAAGGCCUUGAAUCUCUUUCACCAAAAUUCCUCUCGAAAAGGGCAACCACCUACCUACCCCCUUUCAAGUUUCAACCCCCCUCUUCCAGCCCGACACGUGUCCAUUUCGAUAAUCCGCGACCCCACGUCAGCAAACGCGUGGCCACGUGGCGGGCUCCGAUUACUGGAGCAGCGGGACACGUGGAGGGAUCUGCCGUCUGGGAAGGGAGGCGGGAAAAUCCUUCCUUUCCCACCUUCCAGAAAGUUCCUGCAACUCCUGGAGGACAAUGGCUCAGGCAUCUAGCGGCUCGCCUUCCGCCACGUGGACUGUAGGCCACGUGAGUUUCCGACGUGGCACCACUCUUCACCCGAAAUUGAUACGCUCCUUUUUCAUUUCCCAUUGCUUUAGGGCACUUUUCACUCACCUCUUAGCUUAAUUUCUGUGAAUUACUCUCUCUCUCUCUCUCUCUCUCACAGCAUUGAUUAACGGUUUUUUUGCACUUCUUGUAAUUCCAAAGAUUUGAAGCGAGUGCGAGGAAAGUUUUGAUUUUCUCCUUUUGUUGCUGCUGUUGUUGUUGUUGCUUUUUUUUUUGAAACACUGUUGUUGUUGUUGUCGUCGUCGAAAAAUAGGAUUUUUGUAUUUACUGUUAUUGUUAUUAUUUUUAAAUUCCGAAGAACUAAAGGAAUGAAUGUUGAUGGGGAAGGAGGUGAAGAAGGUGUGAAAAUGGAGGAGAAAUUGGUGUAUAUGUGGGGGUACUUGCCAGGAGCAUUGCCGCAGAGAGCGCCUAUUCUGUCGCCGGUGGUGGUCCGGCUGCCGCCCGGCGAGAAUGCGUGGAAGGAUGUUUGUGGCGGUGGCUGUGGUUUCGCCAUGGCUAUUUCAGACUCUGGGAAGCUCAUUACAUGGGGGUCGACAGAUGACUUGGGUCAAAGCUACGUGACAUCUGGGAAACAUGGGGAAAUGCCAGAGCCUUUUCCACUUCCUGCAGAGGCCAUAAUAGCUAAAGCUGCUGCUGGUUGGGCACACUGUGCUUCUGUAACAGUCAGCGGGGAAGUUUACACUUGGGGAUGGAAAGAAUGUGUACCUUCUGGCAAAGUCAUUGGCGAUCCUUCCACCGGUUUAAACACAGAGAAGGAAUCAUCGGAGAAGCAAAGCUUAAUGUUGAGUGAGCAAGUAAGCCCUCGUUCUCAUGGACCAAAAUCCAGCGACGGUAGAGGGGCUGAUGACACUUCUAAAAGGAGACGUGUUUCACCAGCUAGGCAUUCAGCUGAGAGCUCAUCUGGUGAUGAAACUCUUUCAGCUUUCCCUUGUUUAGUAGCUCUUAACCCGGGUGUAAGAAUUGCAUCUGUUGCUGCCGGUGGUCGACACACCUUAGCAUUGUCAGAUGUGGGUCAAGUGUGGGGUUGGGGCUAUGGAGGUGAGGGGCAGUUGGGUCUGGGAUCACGAAUUAGAAUGGUAUCCUCUCCUCAUCCUGUACCGUGCAUUGAUCCAUCUUUCAACAAGGGUCGCUCUCUAGGCCUUUCUGGCGGAAACGUGAGUUCAGAUAGCCAGGGAUAUAGAGUUCCUGGAAACUAUGUAAAAGCAAUUGCUUGUGGAGGUAGACAUAGUGCAGUCAUCACAGAUGCUGGUGCACUGCUGACUUUUGGUUGGGGAUUGUAUGGGCAGUGUGGACAAGGAAGCACAGAUGAUGAACUUAGUCCUACAUGCGUGUCUUCUUUACUUGGAAUCAAGAUAGAAGGUGUAGCAGCAGGGCUUUGGCAUACAAUCUCCAUUUCUGCUGAUGGUGAUGUUUAUGCUUUCGGAGGAAACCAGUUCGGUCAGUUGGGAACUGGUGCCGAUCAAGCUGAGACUCUGCCUCGACUCCUCGACGCUCCAAGUCUGGAAAAUGUCCACGUAAAAGCAGUGUCCUGUGGGGCCCGCCACAGUGCAGUUGUCACAGAGGAUGGCAAAACAUUUUGCUGGGGAUGGAACAAAUAUGGGCAGCUUGGUUUGGGUGACGUGAUUGACCGGAAUACUCCCUCCCAAGUUCUGAUGGACGGAUACGUGGCAAGAAACGUGUCAUGCGGGUGGUGGCACACUCUUCUCCUCGCGGAACCACCAACUUGAGCAUCUCCUUCCCAACCGGAGCGGGUACAAUUUUGUUAGGUUAGAAGCAGAAUCUGUUUAUUGGCAUGGGUGUGUGAUAUGUGCAUCGUCGCGUAGGCAUAUUCUUUAGUGGUCGUCGUCGCGCAAUGACUUGGUGAUCUUUUAGCAACUGGGUCGAUUAAUACAUCUUUCUCAGCGCAUUGUAUAUUCUUACUCAUCUCUCUCUCUUCUCGUGUAUUCUUCUUCCCAUCACUUACCAAUCACAUGUAUUCUUGCCAUACAUCUAGUUCUUGGAGUUUGUAUGUUUGUUAAUUUAGAAUUCAGUAAGAAUAGUCAAAUUUCAGAGGUGUAUAUAUGCCAAGUGUGAAAUUUGACAUGUUAUUUGUUUACUCUAA